CGAAAAAGGAAAAGAAAAAACACUAUUAAAAAAAAAAAACCUUGCCAUAUUCCUGAUCAGAUCUACACUUCUCCAGAUUUUGCCGGAUAUCGUUCCUUUGUUCAUAUCGUUUUCGCGAAUUCAAAAUGGAUUUCAUGAAGGUCUUCGAUCAAACGGUUCGAGAGAUAAAGAGGGAGGUGAAUCUGAAAGUUUUGAAGGUUCCUGAGAUGGAGCAAAAGGUGUUAGAUGCUACAGACAAUGAGCCCUGGGGUCCGCAUGGUACUGCAUUGGCAGAGAUAGCACAGGCCACGAAGAAAUUCUCGGAGUGCCAGAUGGUUAUGAGUGUUUUAUGGACUAGACUGAGUGAGACAGGAAAGGAUUGGCGAUAUGUCUACAAGGCACUGGCGGUUAUUGAUUAUCUGAUUUCAAACGGAUCAGAACGAGCAGUCGAUGAGAUUAUUGAGCAUACUUACCAAAUAUCUUCACUCACGAGUUUUGAAUAUGUCGAACCGAAUGGAAAAGAUGUGGGUAUCAAUGUGAGAAAGAAGGCAGAAAACAUAGUCGCUCUCUUGAAUAAUAAGGAGAAAAUCUCAGAAAUCAGAGACAAAGCAACAGCAAAUCGUAACAAGUACGUUGGCCUCUCAUCAACAGGAAUAACAUAUAAAUCUGGUUCAGCUUCAGCAUCGUUUGGUGGUAGUUUUCAAAGUGGUUCAAGCAAUUAUGAUAGCUACAGGGAUAAAGAUUCCAGAGAAGAAGGCAAGAAUGACUACGAGUCUUUCCAAAAGUCAAGGCGCGGUGGUAAAAGUGAAGAGCAAAGCUACACUUCGAAGAAAAGUUUUUCACGCUAUGGCAGCACGGACCAUGAUAAUUUAUCCAGUGGAAAAAAGUCACCCGACUCUGGCAAACAUAGUUCCAUGCCUUCUAACAACGACGAUGAUUUUGAUGAUUUUGAUCCACGUGGAACUUCCAGCAAUAAGCCUUCCACAGGCAGUGCCAACCAAGUGGACCUUUUUGGAGCAGAUCUGAUUGGUGACCUCUUGGAUGCUGGUCCAACUGAAACAUCUUCCACCAACAACAAUGGGAAGUUUCAAGAGGCGGACUUGUUUGCUGAUGCAACUUUUGUAUCAGCCUCGGUUCAGGGAACAGAAUUUGGGUCGCAGGCACAGAAAGAAGUUGAUCUUUUCUCUGCGUCUGAACCUUCUGUCACAGUUUCUUCAGCUCCUCCGACUGUUGACCUUUUUGCAUCUCCUGAAUCAGUUGCACCCCCAGAAGCCAAGAUUCCUAAACCCGAGUCUAUGACCACUCCCAACAUUGUUGACCCAUUUGCUGCAGUUCCUAUGGAAAAUUUUGAUGGAUCUGACCCGUUUGGUGCCUUCACUUCUCACUCGGCUUCAGUCUCUACAGGUCCACAGGCUCCAGCUGUACAUGGGAGUGCAACAAACACCACAAGCCCACUGUCUUUGGCAGACUCGAAGCCACAACAGCUGCAAAAGAAGGAUCCUUUCCAAGUGAAAUCUGGAAUCUGGUCAGAUUCGCUGAGCCGUGGACUGAUUGAUCUCAAUAUAACUGCUCCUAAAAAAGCUUCUCUCGCUGAUGUGGGGGUUGUGGGUGGUCUGAGCAAUGAUGAAGGGAACAAGGCAUCUGCUGCUACGUACUACACAGGGUGGUCGAUGGGCGCAGGAUCCGGGCUUGGUAAAACAGGACUAUACAGUGGACAGCAGCAACAACAACAAACAACACCUGAAAUCUCAGAUGAUUUCUUCUCCAGCCUCAGUAACCAAACCUACCAAACUGGAGGGUUUAAGCGGUGAAUUUGUCUGGGAUAUGCUGUUCAGAUGAAAAAGGCAUAUCAGGUUUGAUUCUACAUUCAUACUGGAAAUCUUUGCUUGUUUUUUUUUCUCUUAAAUGGGUUUUGUUGUUCUUGCACUUAUUAAUUCUUGGGACAAUCUCGUCGGUGGCUGAUGUGCCAUCGUUGUUGUGGCAUUUACUUUGGGUUUAAUUGAGAGAGAGAGCUGUAUUUAUAGUUUUUCAUAAGAGAUGCAUUAUUAUUAUUGGUUUUAAGUUUGGUUUUGUCCAUAGAACAACAAAGUAUAUGUAUUUCGUCCGGCACUACCGAGAAUUUAUCGUGUGUGAUUCUUAAGCAGAAGAGACUCCAACAUUCUUCUUAGCUUUGUUUUAUGAUUUUUCUUUUAUCUUAUCAAAAAUUGUAUUUCACGCUGUCCAAGUUCAUUCUUAAUGAUGAUGUUAACACUAAUCAUAUCUUAUACAAUUUGGUUGGCCCUGGUUGGCGC